AUGUUUUGGAAUACAAUUUUAAUUGUAUUUUCAAUAUUUUUAUGUAUUCUUCUCUAUCGUGCAUAUGUAGUAUUUACACCAGAUAAAGCUAUAUUUGAACCAUGUUCAUCAUCAAUUGACAGGCACUCUUUGAAAUUUGAUCAACAGCGUCUUCAAAUAUUUCAAAAAUUACUUCAAUUUCAAACAAUAUCCUACGAAGUCAAUAAACAAAAUUUUAAGGAAAUAGCAAAAUGUAGAGAUUUUAUAAAAAGACAUUAUGAGGAUUUAAUACUAAAAUAUUCAAAAUUUGUUCAAUUACAUAAUAUCGCAAAAUAUUCAUUAUUAUAUUCUAUUCAAGGAAAAAAUCCAAAUUUAAAACCAUUUCUUUUUUCUGCUCAUAUGGAUGUUGUACCAGCUGGAAAUGUAACCCGUUGGAAAUAUCCGCCUUUUGAUGCUCAUUCAGAUGAAGACUUUAUUUAUGCACGUGGUACACUCGACGAUAAAGGAAAUUUAUUCACUAUGAUGGAAGCUCUUAAGGAAUAUUUGAAUAUAUAUGGACAACCAUCGCGAACAUUUUAUGUGGCAUUAACACAUGAUGAAGAAGUUGGUAAAUCAGGAGCUAAAGGUAUUGCUCGUUAUCUCGCACAACAACCAUUUGGUCAUAAUGGUCAAUUUGAAUUUGUACUUGAUGAAGGAACAGUUAUUGUUGAAGAAGCAUUUCCAACUGUUAAUAAUCCAAUUGCUAUAAUUGCUGUCGCUGAAAAAGGUUACGCGAGUAUUGAAUAUCGUAUUAGUAUUGCACCAGGUCAUUCAAGUAUGCCAUCAACACCGACAGCUAUUGGAAUAUUAGCUCGUGCUGUUGAUAAACUUGAAAGUACACCACAACCAUCACAAUUUGGUCGUGGGCCUGAACUAAGUUUUUUACAUGGUAUAACACCUCAUUUAAAUUUUCCAUUACGAUUAGUUUUGAGUAAUAUUUGGUUAUUUGGAUCUGCUGUUCAAUGGGUUUUAAGUCAAAAACCAGCAACGGAUGCUUUACAACGUACAACAACAGCAGUAACCCUUAUUUCUGGUGGAGAAAAAGAGAAUAUUUUACCAACAUCAGCUUCAGCUACUGUUAAUCAUCGUAUUCAUCCAGCUGAUUCAUGUAAAAAAAUUCUUGAAAAUAAUCGUCGUAUAAUAAAUGAUGAUCGUAUUGUUCCUCAUAUUCUUUCAUGUUCGGAACCAUCACCUAUAUCACCAUAUGGUAAAGAUAUUUAUUCAUAUCGUAUUCUUGAAGAAACAAUACGUCAAAUAUUUGAAAAAGAACGUCAACCAAUUAUUGUUGUACCUGGUUUAAUGUUAGGCGCAACAGAUAGUAGAUCAUAUACAAAUUUAUCCAAAAAUUUAUAUCGUUUUUCUCCAUUUGUUUAUCGUUAUGAUGAUUUAAGUCGUCUUCAUGGUGAUAAUGAACGUAUAAGACAUAAUGAUAUGCAACGAGGAUUGAAUUUUUUUUUUCAUCUUAUUCUUAAUAAUCAACUUGAGAAUAUACCUGAAAAACAAUGCAAUCCACAACUUUAG